AUGCACAAACGCAAGCAGUUAGAUUCCCGUAAAAUAGAGUUUGAGAACGCGAUGGAUGUGGACGAAACCCACAGCCAGUGGUUAGAAUUCGAUGUCACCGAGGCGGUGCGUGGAUGGUUAAACAAGAGCUGCGAGAAUCUUGGCAUAGAGAUACAAUGUGAUAAAUGUCGACGCAUUGGGGCGCGUAUACUCAGCGAUGUGUACAGCCCACAUAAUAGGGAUCAGAAUGAUGGCGAUGAUGAUGAUCGAUAUCAUCUAUCGCCUGUUUUGAAUAUUAUUGGACACAUCGGUCGCACCCAUCGUGAAAAAGGAAUACAAUCGUUUAAUCACAAUAACUACUCCGAUCAUCGUAAUUCUAAUAAGGCAAAAUUAUGGCCUAAUAGUUGCUAUAAACCGCACCAACGUUGCUGCCGUCAUCAAUUGAAUGUGGCUUUUAAGGACAUCAAAGGAUUCGAGUUCAUCAUACAGCCAAAGGUUUUCGACGCCGGCUAUUGCCUUGGGCGUUGCCCCCCUAGGCACAAUCCCGCCCAUCACCACGCCCUACUCCAGAGCUUAAUAUGGCAACAGGACCAUACCCGUGUACCUCGACCAUGCUGUGCCCCAUCGAAACUCACGGAGCUGGAAAUAUUGCACGUGGAUGAGAACCAUAGUGAUAAGCUUAAGAUAUCAACAUGGAGCAACAUGCAAGUUUCCGAAUGCGCAUGCUCAUAG